AUGACAAGUAUAUGGAUCGGCAACUUUACUGCCUACUUCAACGAGACUACUGCCACCACUGCUAUGCAUGUCAUCGCAGCUGAUUUCAACGACCUCGCCAACCAGAACUGGCUCGCAACAUCGUACUUGUUGGGCUUCACUGUCACCCAAAUCCUUCUGGGCAAGUUCUCUGACAUCUUUGGGCGUGCCCAGAUGUUCAACGGCACAAUGCUUAUUUUUGGUGCUGGAACUCUGUGGUGUGGGCUAGCAACGAGCAUGAAUUCAUUGAUUGGUGCUCGCCUUCUUCAGGGCAUAGGUGCCGCUGGAAGACAAUCCGUCGGCAUGAUCAUUGUUUUGGAUUUGACGACGGCGGACUCACGAGCGAUCGGGCCUGUGCUUGGCGCAGUCCUCUCCAUUGACACACAAUGGAGAUGGAUAUUCUGGAUCACGCUCAUGCUCAUUGGGGUCACGCUGGCCAUUGGGACAGCAAGCCUCCGAUACCCUGUUCCUCAUCGGAAGCAACGCAUCGGGUUACUGGCGCAGCUGGGAGAAGUGGAUUACAUUGGUUCUAUACUUGCAGUUGCAGUCUCGAGCAUGAUAUGUAUUGCCAUAGAGAUGGGAAACAAGAUGUUCCCUUGGAACUCGGCACCUAUCAUUGUUCUUUUCGUCAUCGGAGGUCUCCUAAUACCCGUCUUUGUGUUAUACGAGCUCAAGGUAGCCGAGCACCCUGUUGUUGAUAUCCGCCUUUUCAGCAUCCCGAAUAUCCCCAUUACUUGUUUGAUCAAUUUUCUCACUGGAGCUGGCUACUUCGGUUCCGUCUUCUUCCUUCCCCGUUACUUCAUCGAUAUCAAAAGUUCCGACCUCGUUCAUUCCGGGCUGCAGAUGCUUGGCCUCAUCCUUACGCUUGGCAUCUCCUCGGUUGCAGGGGCUAACAUCCUCGCACACACGGGGCAGGUGCGCCUUAUUGGCGUAGUGGGUGGCGUUUUAUACGCACUGGGCAGUGCUUUAAUGUUGAUUGUGGGACGGCGCACGCCAGCAGCGACAGCUAUUGGCUUUUCUAUCAUCACGGGCAGUGCAUCGGGUCUACUCUACCAGCCUUCCCUCGUUGUUGGACCCAUGUCAGUCAAACCCCAUCAAAUUGCGGGAAUCAGCGGGUUCCUAUCUUUCCUACGAACGUUGGGGGGCACAUUCGCCACUGCACUCCUCACGGCAAUAUACGAGACCAGCUUCACGGAAUCACUACGUGGUCAUCUCCCAGAUUCGUUAGUAAAUCAGGGGCUGGCGCUCGCAGACAAUCAUGCUCAAUACCCUGAGUACGAGGACCAGAUCUUUGAUGCUCUCAUCCAGGCCUAUCACUUCGGCACGAUACCGGCCAUCUGUUUCGGUGUUGUAUAUGCCAUAGCAGUGGUCUUUCUCUGUAACGUGGAUUUCACCCCAGCGUGGAAACGGAAACGGAUAGCAGCAAAACGGAAGAACGAGGGAGCUUGA